UGCGUGCAUUUUUUUCCAAAGAGCGCAUCCAAUUAGGCUUUGUGGCCUCUAUGUGAUAAGAAAGCAACCUCAAAUACCAUGAUGAUGUACAAAUGAGAAACCGCUUCGUCUUGUUUAUUGACUGUCGUAAAUGAUUAACAGUGAUUUGGAGGUAAUCUAAUAGAAAAUCAAAAUUCGACAUCUGAGCUAUUGUAAUUGCCUGUCAUGUUAUCUUAGCUGACUUCACGGUUUUAGCGCGUCCUUUUGUGGAACUAAACUGUUUCCAUCGUCUCCAAGCCUUACUCGUCGGAACUUCUUCAGAAUGCUUCUUGUUCACAAAGUGGUUGUGCUGUUUAGUUCGGUCACAGUAAUAUCAGUGAUAGCAACGGACCCGUGUUUCGAAUCGCGCUAUCUGCAAGCAGUUCCAAAGGAUCAUCUGUUCCAUACAAAGACAAAGCCUCUUGUAAUAGGGCAUCGAGGCAAUCCGGUGCGAUACCAAGAGAACACUCUAGAAGGGUUCACGAGUCUACUUGGGACGAACGCAGAUGGAUUCGAACUGGAUAUUUAUUUAACGAAAGACGAAGAGCUUGUUUGUUUUCACGAUGAUAAUACAAAGUUUUUGACCGGCGAAGAACACGUGAUGUGGGAGACAAACGCUGAGGAUCUCACGAAAGUGUACACGCUGCAGUCAUUCAACUUCAGUGGGAAGGUAUACAAGUUCGACAAGAAAAGGCCAUUACCGAUGUUAAAGGAUGUUCUUACAAAGAUGAAGGACACAGGAAAGCUUAUGUAUCUAGAGAUGAAACCGAGCCGAUUGAGGAACAUGACCGAGAGCAAUAAAGUCGGUAAAGCCGUAGCUAAACUAGUCACCGAGAUGGGCCUGGUGAAACAAGCAAUGCUCAACUCAUUCGAUCCGUUUAAGACUCUGGCAGCCAAGAGAGAAAACCCCGACAUCCCAAUAGGGUUCUUCUAUUAUUCAUCUUACUGGAAUCCCUCCACUGCAAAGGUUCUGAGAGAUACUAUUCGCCAGCUCCCGGGAAUGGCUAGCUGUGUAGAUACGAGCCCUAGCGGAGUGGACUUCAUUCACAAGAUGUUCCAGAGCGGUGCAGCGGCCAAGUCCAUCAACGCCUCCUUUCUCGACAUGGACUACAAGAUAUACGACGAUCCGAGGUACUCCAACGACACGUUUCAGACCCUUCGCGGCAACUACAGCGCCAGUAUCAGUGCAGGGGCCUGGACACUAUACAGUAUGAAAAAUAGCGACGAGCAGGACAAAAUCCAAGAUGUGUUGAUUGACAGAUUGGUGAGACAGGGGGCGGAGCGUCUGAUAACUGAUGAUGUGUACCGGAUGCUGAAGAAGCUCGGUCGUCCCCAGACUCCUCCGAUAUCCGCCGCUAAUUAUGGCCGAGUGAGCCUGUCAGGCAUCUUGCUUUUACUAUUCUUGUCUUUUGUUAUUUACCUGUGAACUGUUUAGCGCAUAAAGAUUUUAACCUCGUAUUACUCAGCCGCUUUAUUUCAUCCAGCUCCUUAUGUGAUAUAUCUGGAACUGCGUAUAUGAUUGACUAAGAGCUGGGCGAAUACAAGAGAAAGGAUUCAAACAUUUUAAAUUGCUUGUUUGUAGCCUGUGUUCGCUCGUCCUUUCUUCCCUCCACAAUAUAAAACGAGGGGGGUAGGGCUAUAAAUUGCCUAAUUGCUUGACGUAUCAAUAAAAACACUCAUAAUAUUU